AUGAAUGGGCGCCUUGUGUGUGCCAAGCCCGGAAGGGAAGGCGAGGGGGGCGCUGCAGGCGCCCGCGUCCGAGCUGCGCCUCCUCGCCCCGUCCAGUCCGGCUGGCGGGGGAGCGGGAUGGCCCAGAAGCUGCCGGGGAAGGUGCCCCUCGCUUCGGCCGCCGUUGUAGGGAAAAUUUUGAAGAGAGAGACCUGUGCGUGCUGCUUUGAGUUCCUGGAGGCAUCCUCAGCUCUGAUGGCCAAGCCGCCCAGCACAGGAAGAUGGCCCGGGGUUGGGGCCUUUGUGCUUCUUGGUGGAGUGGUCCUCCUUCUCGUGGGGGUCCUGGGUGCCUUUUACUCCUGGAAAGUGGACAGCAAAGAGAUCUAUAAUGUUCAUUAUACAGUGAGUGUUGAUGGAAAAUUACAAGAAGGAUCAAUGGAAGUGGAUACUGCUAACAAUCUGGAGAUCUUUAAAACUGGAAGUGGAGGGGAAGAAGCAGUUGAAGUUCAUGAUUUUCAGAAUGGCAUUACCGGAAUUCAUUUUGCUGGAGGAGGAAAAUGCUUCAUUAAAGCCCAAGCUAAAAUUCACAUCCCUGAAGUCAGUGCGAUGUCAAAAGAGAGCCUCUCUUUUGAUCUGGAAGAUGAAAUCCUACCAGCUAAAUUUGAUGAAAACUCCCUUGUCUGGGUGGCUGGAGACCAGCCAGUAAAGAAUUACAAUUUCCUGAGUCCUAAGAUUUUAGAGCUCUGUAGUGAUCUGCAAAUUUUCUGGCUUCGACCAUCCUCUCCAAAAGAGAUUUGGACUAGACUUCUGCCUCAUUACGUCAGGAUUUGGGCAAAGAAAGGAGGAAUUACUAGGAAGACAUGCCAAACACAACCAAAUAUUGAUCUGGAUCAGUUUGAAGCAGCUGCUGAAGAAGUAAAUACCAGGCCCCACUCCAAACAAUGGGCUCGUGAACAAGAACGUUCAUCCGAUGCUACCCAACUUUCUGGGCAAAUCUCCAGGCCAACUUUUAAUCCAGAGAAUCCUUACCAUCAGCUGGAAGCAGGUGAGGGGAUGAGCUUUGACCCAUGGCUGGAUCAUGAAGGGAUCUGUUGUAUCGAAUGUACCCAGAGCUACACGCAUUGCCAAUGGGUUUGCGAACCUCUCCUGGGCUAUUCUCCGUGGCCUUAUCAUUUCCAGGGGUGUCGGUCUGCUUGCCGGCUUAUCUUGCCCUGCAAUUGGUGGGUUGCCCGUAUCCUGGGCAUUGUGUGA